AUGGUGAGGAAGGCGCCCUCUGAUAUUCAACGAGUCCAAGUACAUUUCACUGGCCAUCUACAACGGUUCAUCCUCUCACUCUUCCUCAACGUCUCAAUGUUGUUCUUGCAGUCACCGGCCAAUCCUGAUCUACUGUUUAUCAUUUUCUUCUGCCACACACAGCUCACUAUCACUCUUCUCAUCGUCAUCAUCUUCGGCAGUAAGGUGUACAUGGUAGUGAAGGGUCAGGGCAAGGGAGGCGAGGAGACGCUGAGUAUGACCAAGCCCAAAGCGGCCAAGUUUCUGCAGCGAGCCAACCAGGGCAACAGCAACAACCACGCCACCUUCGACCAAGGCGACCUUCAGGCGAGUGCUAGAGUAGCCGUGAGGGCAUACUGUAGUGGGUGUAGCUGCAGUGAUGCUGAGGGGAGGGCUUUGUGGUGCUAGGGGAUGGUCGUUCUCUGCGGUAGUUAGAUGAAGUGGUAUGUGGAUGUGAUGGUGGUAUUGUGGAGGUGAUGUGUGAGGUACUGAUGCUUGUGAGAGGGAGAAGACUAACGGAGUUCGGAAUGGGGAUCUGGAUUAUUAUAGUGGAUGAAUUGAAAGUGUUUGCGAAAACUGAGGGAUAAGACUGAGGAUGAGAGUGAGGAAGUAGGUCAAGGAUAUUAGAAAUAAGGAAUAGGUGAUGAGGUUAAAGCCCUGGAUGAGA